GAAAGGGGUUAAGAUUGGAAUGCAGAGGGUUACAGGGUUAAGAGCAGUCUUGGCUAGCAGCUGCAUUUCAAUUAGCAGCGCAUGUGGACUCACUUCUACACUUACUACCUUAUAUCCUCACAUGGGGAGGAAAUAAGCAAGUAAAGAACUACUUGCAGUGCAGGAGGUGUGUAUAACUUAUAUCCUCACAUGGGGAGGAAAUAAACAAGUAAAGAACUACUUGCAGGGCAGGAGGUGUGUAUAACUUAUAUCCUCACAU